GGCCCUGAUGAUCUUGUGAUUUUUCACUUUACGAUAGAAGACUUUAGGUCAACAGCUUUUUAUAUGGAUGUCUAUUUAUUUGGUAUGCGCGCUGCUCGAGACGAACCACCUAUAUAUGUAGCCUAUCAACUUUUGUUGCCAGAUAUUUUUAAAUGUUCCGAAGGCAGAAUUGAAGUGCCAAUCACCUGCUCAUUUAAACAUCGCAUAGUAGGUUAUGUGACAAUCGAUUUUCUUAUUGUAUUACCCACACCUGAAAUAUAUUGUGACAUGAAACUUUCUUAUGAGCGGUACUGGAAUCCAGAGAAAACUGGUUUGUAUGUCGGUCAUAGAGGGCUUGGGCCCAACUUUGUAACAGCAAAUCAAUGUUUGGUGCGAGAAAAUACUAUUGUAUCUCUUAAAGCUGCUGUUGAAGAAGGAGCACAUAUGGUGGAAUUUGAUGUUCAACUUAGUAAGGACAUGGUGCCAAUAGUUCAUCAUGAUUUUCAAGCACAUUUUUGGGUAAAGGCACGCAAAUAUUUGAAAACUAUGGAAAUACCCAUACAAUCGUUGUUAGUAAGGCAGUUAAAAAGUCUUAAGGUUAACGAAGUCAAACAGGAGGAAAAAGAAAUAUCGGAGUGUUGCUUUAAAAGGGAUGUUGUUGAACACUUACCAUUUCCCACGCUGGAGGAAGUUUUUGAAGCCAUACCGUUGACAGUGGGAUUUAAUAUUGAAAUAAAAUGGGCACAAAGGCUAAUAAAUAAUAGAUUGGAAGGAAGAGGAAAACAAAAAUUUGAUCCAAAUAUGUAUGUUGAUAUAAUGUUGCAAUGCAUAUUUCGGCAUGCCAACGGACGUCGUAUUAUACUUUCUUGUUUUGAUGCAGAUAUAUGCACUUUGCUACGAUAUAAACAAAAUUAUUAUCCAGUUUUAUUUAUUAGUCAAGAGUGUCCAGAGGGCAGUAUACCAUUUAGAGAUCCAAGACCCAAUAGCUUGCAAACGGCGGUAUAUAAUGCAAAUGCUAUGGAGUUGUUAGGUAUUGUUGCACGUACUGAAACUAUUUUACAAGACACUUGUCAGGUGAACAUGGCUAUAAAUCGAGGUUUGGUCAUGUUUUGCUACACUACUUACAGUCCGACAAACGAUGUUUCUGUUCUUAAACGUUUAGGUCUACAUGCAAUAUUAUAUGAUAAAAUGGAAAUGUGCGAAAGAAUAAUAAAGGAUGGAGUGUUUCAAUUACAAGCCGAAGAGAGUACUGUAGAGGAAAUAAAUGAAGAAGUUAGAGUGAGCAUGAGACCACAGCAUCCUGCAUUUCUUUACCAGUAAAUGCUACACUUUCAUUAUUUGUGUAUUAAAUUGAAGACCUUUGCAUUAUUAA